UUGAGCGAUGCUCUCGCGACGAUAACUAUGUUCGAUUGAUCAUGCGCGCGUCAUGUUGAUCGCAUCCGCCUGCUAAUGCCUUAUUUCUGCACCUUCUUACGCCGCGUAUCUCCCGUACCUCUGUUGAGGCAUCUGGUAUUUUUGUACCGGCCUUCGAUCUCGCCGAGAAACGAUCCUUGCCCCGUUCACAGCGAGGUCCUUGCUCCAGUCGCACGACACGCUUGCGUUUUGUUACGGUUUGUCUCUCAAGAGACUAAUGCUGCAAUUCUAAGCAAGUAUACGAGUAAAUCGUAAAAUCGUAAAGUCAUAGCUUACGAAUCAACUGUAAUGUUGGUAAAAUUCACAAACUGUAACUUUAUUGAUAACUUCUAGUUAGUCGUAAGAUUUACGAGAAAUCGUAGAUAUUUACAAAUUACCGUAUUAUAUGCGGUUCGCAUAGAAUUACAGAUCUAUUUAUAAGUUCUUAUGAGUCUUACGAGAACAAGUUACGAGUUUUAUGAUUUUGUCUAGAAUUGCAAUAUAAGACAGAAUUGUUGACAUCGUACCGGUCUCUUAAACCGUAUCUCAUUAGUCGCGCUUGAUUUUCUUGAAUGUUUGUACACGGAAAAGGAAAUUACUCGAAUACGUGAAUUUGCGUAAAAUUUAGUCGGACUAAACAAAUAUUUAUUGAAAUAUUUACUGAAAUGUCUACUGAAAUAUGAAUGAAUUCCGGUUGAAUUAUUAGAAUUCUGAUUCGCGUUAUGUAUGUAUUUUGUAUAGUAUAUUGCAGCUUCAGUUUAUAUGCCAAGAAGGAGCUUGAUUUCUUCAAUAUUUCUAUCUUAAUCACUCUCAUACCUUUGUUGGUUCGUUUAUAUUUCAUCAAACAUUUGGUUAACUCAAUAAAACUUUUUUCCGUGUAGCACGUAUAAAAUAAGAUAUAAUCUCAACACGUUUGUUUACAUUCCUCAUUGCUCACUUAUUUCACAUUUUCACCGUUAGAUGUAUCGUUCAUAUUCCAUAAUAAUAAGGAAAUUGAUUGAAGGAGAUACGAUUUCGGCACAGCUCUCUCUCUCCUACAUAUUUCACCAAAAGCCAACUUGCGACUGAAUAUUUCUUCUGGAUAGCCGAUGGUAUCAAUCUUGCUGGUCCCCAUCGUCCAUCUUCGAUCUGUCAUGCGCGUCUCUUCGUCAACACGUUUCGCUCGGCAAAUUCGGGGGUCUCUUCUGCCCGUGCAAGGAUACGUUUAUCCUUGCGCGUAGUACCAACACCUCGCCCCUCCAUCGUCCGACACGCUUGGGAACAUACGUGUGGAUGAUGGCCACCGCCGCUGUAUAUCAGUCUAUAUUAGUGGGAGGUGGCAGGUAGCAGAGUUCUCUUUUAGCGUUUCAACGCUCCGACACUCAUUUCAUCCGCAAGUACCGACUAUCGCGGGUCCGAGCAUCAUUAAAUGCCAACUUGCGAAUCGCGCGACACGCGGCUGGACUGAGACAACCAAAAGCCAGAAACGAGAUCUCGACCUCGUACUUCUCACGGCCACGACCCGACCGGAGUCGAGACCCAGGGGUAGAUCGUCGCGUAUUCACCGUCAUCCUCCGCCAAGCCUUUGUCCAUGUUGUCGCAUCCGUGCGGUGCUCGAUCACACGUGAAAUCGGACCUAGCGUUUCGUGUCCGUCGGCAAACUCCACUCGCAAGAUCGACUCAUGCGAAGGUGUAUCGCUUAGGACAAAGGGAUGUCUCGCGGAUGACAGUCGUAGGAUAGUUCUUCGGGCAGCGCUCCUCGAGUGAGAUAACACAGGAGGAGGUCCUGUGCUGAAGCGAAUUUGCGCGGAGUCUAUCUUCGAGUCAUCAUCGCAGCGUUUUCGCAUCGUGAUUAUAAGGGCGUCGCGGGCCGAGCGUGAGCCUUUGAAGUUCUGUCUACCGUGAUAGCACUCGAGAAUCUCCUCACGAUCGCACCACAACGGUGUAAGAGAAACAUCAACGCGGUUUAGAGCGUCACGAAAUAAGGAGCAUCCUCCGCGGAAGAACGUCUCAUCGGAUGCGCUCUCGCAGGACCCGAAUGAGAAACGUCAUACCCAAUUCACGAGCGAGCGCAGAAUCCAACCCCGCCGACGAGCAGCAGCAGAUCAGUGCAGAUUCAGCAGGAAAACUUCACCUGGACCUAUCGAUCGACAGCAGCUGCACCGACUGCCUGAUACUCGACGAGAUUUUCUGUCGGACGCAUAGGCUCGAUAUUUGACUUUUUUAACCAAGGCAGCUUCACCUACACGCGCCGACAUCGUAGAAUGGUAGAAGGUGAACCCAAAACAAAGCGCAAUUAUAAGUGUGAUGUAAAAGACGAGCGGCUAAACGGUUGCGGUUCCAAGGAUCUCGAACUCGCCCGUAUCGGAUUAAAGGGCAAGACUCUCGAUCCAGAGAAGGGAUCGUGCGACAAAGCUGACUUCGAGAAGGCCAUCGAGCUUAGCGAAUAUGGCAAGUUCCAUUACUUCUUGCUUGCGGUAUGCGGCUUCGUCAGCACCAGCGAGGAGAUGGACGUGAUCUCCAUGUCCUUCAUCUUGCCGAGUGCGCAAUGUGACCUGAAGCUCAACACCCAAGCGAAGGGAUGGCUCAACUCGAUCAUCUUCAUCGGGAUGAUGGCGGGCGCGUACGCCUGGGGAUCCGUGGCGGACGCGGUCGGCCGUCGGAAGGUCUUGAUCGCCAUCUCGUUCAUGAACGCUCUGUGUAUCGUCGCUUCUAGUUUCAGCCAAACGUAUGAGCUCUUCAUGUUCUUCCGUUUUCUGAACGGCGCAGCGCUAGGAGGUAGCGGACCGGUCAUCUGGUCGUACUUCGCAGAAUUCCAGCCGAAAUCCAAACGCGGCUCCAUGCUGUCUUUCAUGGCGGCGUUCUGGACACUGGGAAACCUCUUCGUGGCCGGUUUGGCAUGGUUGAUCAUCCCUAACGAGAUGGGUGUCACCAGCUCGUCGUUCACCUACAACUCUUGGCGAAUUUUCCUGUUAAUCUGCGCUGUUCCGUCGUUCGUCGUGACGGGGCUGCUUCUGCUUCUACCAGAAUCUCCCAAGUACCUCUUGUCCUCCGGCAAGUACGAGGAGGCGCUCGAGAUCUUUCGCAAGAUAUACGUCUACAACACCGGGAGACCGAGUGAGACUUACACGGUGAAAGAACUGAUUAUCGAUGACUUUCAAGAGUCGAACCCGGCGAAGGCCGAAGUCGAGGAGAAGGGCAAAUGCAAAACCAUGCUGGGCGACAUCGUGGAGAACAGUCGGCAGUUAUUCGUAACGCCGAUUCUCCGCUUCACGAUAAUCUCGAUCGUUAUCAAUUUCACCUUCCACAUCGGUUACUACGGCCUGAUGAUGUGGUUCCCGGAACUGUUCAAUCGUUUCGACGAGUUCCAUCGCGACCAACCGGGCGUGGUGGCCUCGAUAUGCCAGGUCACCGAUUACGUCGUUAACAAAGGCUCGCACAGCAUCGAGAACGUUUGCUCCGACAAGAUCGGGGCGUCCGUCUUUAUGGAGUCCCUUAUCACGGUGGCGUCUGCCAUACCCGCCAAUAUCAUCGCUGUCUUGGGGAUGGACCGCCUCGGGCGUAAAUUUUUCCUAGUGUUCAGCACGUUCUCAUCAGGGUUGUGCUCGGUCGGCUUAUACUUCGUGUACAACAAGUAUCAUAAUCUGAUCGUGUCGGCAGUCUUUAGCGGUGCGAUAAGCUGCGGCAACGCGGCAUUAGAUUGUCUCAUCACCGAGGUUUUUCCGACGCAACUACGCGCAACGGGGAUCGCCAUAUCGAUGGUAGCUGCUCGUCUCGGUGGGAUAAUCGGUAACAUCGUCAUAGCUCAGCUUCUGGACAUGUACUGUCCGGCACCGACUUUCAUAGUCGCUGCUCUGCUGAUUGGUGGAGGCUUGCUAUGUUUAUUUCUACCAAACACAACGCGCGAGCCGCUUUCUUGACCCUAGCGAAAGUCGAUCCCAGUCGACAGCAGCAGUUUACGAUCGUAUCUAUAUAUUUUUGUCGAGUACAAGCGUCGUUGAAUUUUCUAGAACAAUCCUGAGUAUCGUUGCGAUUCAAUUAUAGUGCUAUAAAGUGAAAAAAAAGCAAGAUUCGCGUCGUGCAAAGUAGAACGUUAGAAUUUCCGCUAUAUGUGUAUUCGUAAUAAUCCCCGUAAUAAUCUCGAAAAAGAGAUACAUUUUAAGAGUUAAUUCUUACAAAAGUUUAGUUGUGUGAUGACGAGAAGAAUUCAGCGCCUCUAAUCGUAUAAUUUCCGAAGGGUAAAAGCGUUUGAUACGGAGCGCUAUAAUUAGAUGCCUUAGCCGAAUUUUAUACAUAUACCAAUAUCAAUUACAGAAUUUAGACACAGCAAUGAAAUCGUUUGAUUAAUUGCGAUUCGCAAUAAAUAUAUACUUUCCUAUCCUUUGUGAUUCUCGGUUAGAAAUUCGCUGCAUAAAAUCACUAUCGUUUUAUGUCGUACCAGACAUAAUUUAGAGUUUAUCGAUCGAUUGAAACAUAAAAAUGUGAAAUUAAAAUAUUUUUGAGGAUAGUAAUAAUACUGUACUGUACAGUACUUCAAUAGUUUUUCUUUUCUUAAAUAUUUGUUCUUAAGUCGCUAAUUGUUAUCUAAGUCGUUAAAGAAUUAUAUUUAAAAUUGCUAAUUAACUAUAAUACGUGUUAUCGCAUUCCUCAUAUCAAUGUGUAAUCGACAACUUUGUAUGCGUGUGCAUUAUCCUUAUACUAAAUAUUUUACGUCUUACGAUAAAAUUAGUAAAAAACAAAGAAUUAUAAAACUAUAAAAAAUACACACGUUUUCUUGAAUAUCGAUUCUCAAGAUUUUAGUUUGUACACAACAUAUGCAUUCUUAAACUCCGAAUCCAAACCAGAAGAUGCUAUUGGUGCUUUCUGUACACUGAUUCUCAGGAUAGGAAGAUAAUAAAGAAACAUGAAAUUAGCACAUA